CCGGAGGCUUUCAGAUAGUAUUUGAUAUCUCAUUCAUAAAUACUCAUAAAUAUUAGACUACCAAGGAAAAGAAGCGCCUCUGUUAAUUGGAUCAAAGCUCAAGUUUUCUAGAAGACGAUCACAAGAUGAAGUUACUGGGAUGGAUGCAUCGAAAGUUUCGUCAGAAUAGUAAUGAACCUGUUUUCCUCAUUGAGCGUUCUUGUGCAUGUCUUGCAGGCCAGCCAUCACUCGAUGAUCAACAAUACUAUCCAAAGGCAAACUAUGGCACUAAACCCUUUAAGCAAGGCCAGAGAGACCAUCAGCUUCGAAAUUCUUUUGCUGGUCUAGAAUCAGCUAAGGUAGAUCAAGAAGAUUACUAUGAAGACGAAUCCUCUGCUGCGGCAUCUGAGCUCUUCCAUGGCUUUCUUGCAAUUGGUACCUUUGGCUCAGACCAAGUCAUCACCGAGCCAUCAACACCAACACUGCCGAUGUCUGUCGAGAAUAUAACUGAAAAAGAGACGGAGGCCACAGAAAAUGAAUUGAAGCUCAUAAAUGAUGAGUUGGAGAAGGUGCUGGUAGCUGAAGCUAAGGAUGAAAUUUGCAAUGAUUCAUCUGGAAGGAACAGCCAUGUUAGCAACGGAAGAAGUAGUCAUGGUAGCACCAUUACACUGAGUGGGAAGAUGCUAGAAGUCCCAGAGAGCAAUGGGAUUAACGGAACUACAGUCUGCCCACUCCAGGGAUAUCUUUUCGGGUCAGCAUAUGAGUUGUCAGAAACAACAACAGUAGCGAAGAAGGAGCAGAGGACAUCUCUUGGUGAGCUGUUUCAGAAGAGUAAAUUGACCGAAGAGAAUUAUUCUGGAGCAAAACUCAGCAAGGAGGAGAAGCGAGCAGAUCAGAAGGAAGCUGAUAAGUCUUCCAUUCAUUUGAUGAAAAAGAAGCUCAUGAAAAAAGUGCUUCACAUGAAUGCUUCUUCUCGGAGCUCUGCAGCAGCUGCUGAUGCUGGCUCAGCAGAAACAAAACUGAAUAAGAUCCUUCAGAUGUUCCACAGAAAAGUUCACCCAGAAAACUCGAAUGCUGGGGAAAAAUCUGGCAAGUACCAAAAGGGCGAAAAGAAAAAGAGAAUGAGCACUGAUGGGAUUUGCAACCAUGGAGAUCAGGUCCUCCCAGAUGAUCAAGACAUCAUGUUAUAUCCUGAACAAGUCUUUUCAUCAAAACAGAGCAUGCGACGCUACAAGAGCCAAUCUAACCCGCCCCAGUUUGCACUUGGCGGGCUUGAUUCAAAUGGGAACAAGGAGCACUGGAUCAAAACUGAUGCAGACUACCUAGUCCUGGAGCUGUGAAGAGUGAUGAAAGCAAGUCGGGUUUUCGGAUAUGCCACGCCUGAUUUUGAUCAGUAAGAAGUAAUUCAUAUACUACUACUGUUUGUAAGAGUAAGAUUCUACUUAUUGGUACUUGUGAUAAUGAUCAAAGAGCAUGAAUGGAACCAGAUAAAUAAAAGAGGCAGGUCCUCUUAUCUCAUGGGUGAAUGUAAACUAUAAGAUCAUGUACUUGUGCUGGUGAUCAUAUUAUAUGAAUUUUUUGUAAUCAGAAUUACGACCAUUAUCA